CCGCAUUAAGUUUGAGAGGCAAAAAAGUGGUUAUCUCAGCCUGCAUGACGGUUUGGACUAGUACGAAGAGAUUCGCAGUACAACACACAGAUCUCGAAAAAAAAAAAAAAUUAGAAUCGGGCAGGAAACUGCUCAUUCAACCAUGAUCUCUGUAAAGCACAGGUCGCCUUCCAAAUCCAUGGAAGCCUCACAUAAUAAAGAACACCGCGUCAAGAAGCGCUCGUCUAAUGCCUGCCAACGAUGCCGAAGACAAAAGAUCAAAUGCUCGGGAUCGCAGCCGUGCGACACUUGUAGCAAGCGCAAAUCAACCUGCACGUUUGAUGAUCGGGACCAGAAGAUUCUUGUUACCCGGGGAUACCUCGAAGACCUCCAGCGCAAGCUAGCACUCCUCAAAGGCGGCGAGGAUGAAGUAUACAGUCCGCAGAGUAUGGAACAGGAGGUGCUCCGGCCGACGGAGGGUAAGGCGUCGCUGCCGGACGCAACCGGACGUGCCAUCCAAAGCGAUCCGAUUCUAGGAGGCGACGAACUGGCCGUCGAAGGUGAACAGGAAUGGGGUCAGAACCUCGAAGGCGCUUCACAAUUAACAAACCCAUUGUCGUCGGGUCCGUCGACGUUUAUGGCGGCAGCAUCCGGUCGAAUCUUCUACCUAGGAACCUCGUCCAAUUGGUCCUUCGCGAGAAAGAUUCUGAGCAUGACGCAUGAGCAUCUAUACAACGCACCCUUGCCGACGGGGAGUCUCUACUUUGACGGGUCCGCAUACGAUCUGGGCUGGGAGGGCACGAGGACCACCGUGACCAACGAUAUUCCUAUGGCGCCGCCCCUAGACUUCUCCAUCUACCUCAUCAACGCCGUCAAGUUCCAUGCGGGUCAGUUGUUCCACCUCUUCGACGAGGAUACCUUCAUGGGGGGCUUGUAUGCCUUCUACGAGAAUCCAGAGCAUCAGAUGGCGCAUUCGGGCUUGUGGUAUAUCCAUUACUUGCUCAUUCUGGCGUUUGGCAAGGCCUUUGUCGUGCAGCGCAAUCAAGGGAGUCGACCGUCCGGCUGUGAGUUCUUUACCAAGGCGUUGCAGUUGCUGCCAGACACCACCAACCUCUGCCGAGAUCCCAUCGUCGCCACCGAGAUUCUCUGCUGCAUUGCACUGUAUCUGCAAUCGCUCGACUUUCGCAACUCGGCCCACAAUUAUAUUGGCCAAGCAGCGCGGAUCGCCCAAGCCCAGGGAAUGCACACCGAUAUGUCCGCGGAGCACCUAGGGGACGCCAUCGUCCAGCGAUGCCGUCGGAUCUGGUGGACCAUCUACAUCCUCGAUCGCCAGAUGACCUCGUUGAUGGGGUUACCGCAAUCCAUCCGCGACGAUCAGCUGCAUCACCAGCUUCCCUACUUCCCGGGAUCGCCCCAGAAGGCGAUCGCCCUCAGUAUGCAAAUCAAGGUGUGCCAGAUCAUGGAGGAAAUCAACAGCAGUGUCUAUGGGCCGGAUGGGCGUUUGAAUCGGAAUUUCCUGUUGCGAACGAAGAGUGCUCUCGCCAGCGCGGCCGAGUUGGUCACGGAGCUUCGGAAAUGCUACGACUUGCGCUUGGACGAGUCCUCGAUCAGCGGUGUAUCCCGACUAUCGGCGCACUUACAUCUACUCUACCAUCAGUGCAUCGUGUUGGCCACCCGACCGGUGUUAUUUUGCUUUUUGAAGAUGCGAAUCCAAACCACCGACAGUUCGCUCGAAUCCCUGAACUCGUCGGCCAACGUACGCAAGCUGCUGCAGGUCUGCAUCGACUCGGCGCAGCAAAUCCUGAACAUCCUCACCGUCCUCCAGCGGCAGAAUCUCCUAGACAGUUUCCUCCCGUUCGACCUCGAAGCCACAUAUACCGCCGCCGUAGUCCUGGUAACCGCCCCCGCCGCCGACGCGUCCCUGCUCGACGACUGGACUCCGUGGUUCCACAGCAGCGUCACGGUAUUGGACGAGAUGAUCUCGCGCGGGAAUCUGAUCGCCGGGUUUCGCAAGUCCGAGUUGCAGCAAUUGGCCGGGAUGCUGAGCCAUCUGUCCUCCGACGGAGUCGUUCACACUACCGACUUGGGCAGGAAGGGGGCGCAGCUCGAUCGUAUUAUCUCCCGACUCCCCUCCCCGUCCACCCCGGAUCGGGUGUUUGGGAUUUCGGACAUUCCCAAUCUACAUCCGGGACUGACGACGGCGGAGAUCAUGGCCGUGGCGGAGUCGAUCGACACGGGGGAUGUGGAUUGGAUUGCGCACGCGGUCACGGAGAAUCACAUCUGGUAGUUUUAUGAUUAUUGUUAUAGAAGCGAUGAUAUCCCAUAGAAAUGAGACACGAAUUACUUGCCAAGCAAUGGACAUGCGGAGGUUGUUCAACGACGUUCUCCGUCCUCUCUCGGUCUUUUUGAAUACUUUUUUGAAGGUCAAAGUCGGGGAAAAGGCAAAGCGUUCGUUGCAUCUUCCUGCACGUGAUCCGGAAAGGCUGCCGAACGGGAGACCAACCGAUCGGCAAGGUGUACCCUAGGUUUCAACACACACUCAAUGAUGGCACCGGUGCAGCUUUACGAUUCAUAUCGACCCAAAAUGAAACGAAAUUCUUGGUCAACAAGGGGGUGUUCGUUUCUGUUCAUCGGACACUACAUAGGUACGUAGUUGCUAUGUGAAGGGUUCGAAGCGCAUGGGAGAG